CGGAAAUGCAGUGGCAGAUGUGACAGAAGUUAGAGUUAGCCGUUAGCUAAACAGUGAAAAAAUGGUGCAGUUAAACUUCACUAAGGACGCUCUGCCCGAUAGUGUCAGCACUGACUUUCAAACCCUGAAUAAAUUCAGUGAACAGCAAUUUGUGAGCUUGACUGAUGUGCUGUACCAGUUUCUACUGGAGCCUAAAGAGUCGGAGCGGUUCCUGACACAGCUGACUGAGUUUGCAGGAGAGAAUGGCAUGGGUGCUGGUCCACUUAAAGGCCUCAUGAAGAGUAUUCUUCUGCUUCCACAUGGUGCUAUGAAGAAGAACCUGACAGCUGAUCAGGUAAAGGAAGACCUGCUCUCACUGGGUUUAAAUGAAGACAAAGCCAGUCACUUUUCAGAUCAGUGGAGGACUCACUACCCAGUGCUUUCCAGAUUAGCGCUUGGACAAACACUGAUGGUCAACCAGCUUGUGGAUAUGGAGUGGAAAUUUGGUGUUACCGUUGGAACAAGUGAGCUACAGAAAACCGGAAACAUCUUCCUUCAGCUUAAGCUGGUGGUCAGAAAGGGCAACACGACAGAAAAUGUGUACAUGGAGCUGACUCUACCCCAGUUUUAUAACUUCCUUCAUGAGAUGGAGCGAGCCAAAGCAAACAUGGACUGCUUCAGCUAAGAGGCAGAUGCUAUUAAAAUAGUUCAUCUCAUACAGAAAUACAGGACGUUGAAUGACAGAAUCACAGAAACUUGUAAAUGAGUGUUUAUGACUUAAUGUUUGUUUGUUUUAUAUAAAAUUAUUGACUAAUUGUUCUAUAAAACACUUUAUUGUACUGAAUUGCUUACACUGUUGUAUUUUAUAACAUUUGCUUUAUGUAAAUUGCACUUUUUCACAAAUAAAAUCCAGUUUC